GGGUCAGAGGUUUUAGAGCUAUGUCCAGGAGGGUCAGAGGUUUUAGAACUAGGUCCAGGAGGGUCAGAGGUUUUAGAGCUAUGUCCAGGAGGGUCAGAGGUUUUAGAACUAGGUCCAGGAGGGUCAGAGGUUUUAGAACUAGGUCCAGGAGGGUCAGAGGUUUUAGAGCUAUGUCCAGGAGGGUCAGAGGUUUUAGAACUAGGUCCAGGAGGGUCAGAGGUUUUAGAACUAUGUCCAGGAGGGUCAGAGGUUUUAGAACUAGGUCCAGGAGGGUCAGAGGUUUUAGAACUAUGUCCAGGAGGGUCAGAGGUUUUAGAACUAUGUCCAGGAGGGUCAGAGGGUUUUAGAGCUAUGUCCAGGAGGGUCAGAGGUUUUAGAACUAGGUCCAGGAGGGUCAGAGGUUUUAGAGCUAUGUCCCAGGAGGGUCAGAGGUUUUAGAACUAGGUCCAGGAGGGUCAGAGGUUUUAGAACUAGGUCCAGGAGGGUCAGAGGUUUUAGAACUAGGUCCAGGAGGGUCAGAGGUUUUAGAACUAGGUCCAGGAGGGUCAGAGGUUUUAGAACUAUGUCCAGGAGGGUCAGAGGUUUUAGAACUAGGUCCAGGAGGGUCAGAGGUUUUAGAACUAGGUCCAGGAGGGUCAGAGGUUUUAGAACUAUGUCCAGGAGGGUCAGAGGUUUUAGAACUAGGUCCAGGAGGGUCAGAGGUUUUAGAGCUAUGUCCAGGAGGGUCAGAGGUUUUAGAACUAGGUCCAGGAGGGUCAGAGGUUUUAGAACUAGGUCCAGGAGGGUCAGAGGUUUUAGAACUAGGUCCAGGAGGGUCAGAGGUUUUAGAACUAGUUCCCUGUUUCCAGGCA